AUGACUACCGAAACUGAGAUGCGCUCUCGUCGGGACUCCUGGCCUCCGACUCAGAUGCGCCUCAAGCCUACCAUCUCCACCAAGACAACUCCGCUCCCAUCUCUGGACGACAUCGACGAUGAUCCUCUUACAUACUUCCUUACACCAGCUCCCCUUCUGGACCUCGACGACGAUGCCGAUGAUGCCCUGUUCGACUUUGACGCAGGUAUUGAAGACGCCAGUGCCCCUCGUCUCUUCAUCCGCAGUGUAAGCCCAUCCACCCUCGAUGGACUCCGCAAGCCUGGCCUACGACCUAUGUCUCCCGACUCCAGCUCCGAGAUCUCAGAAUCCAACAAUGAGGACGAGGACGACGAUGAGGAAGAGGAAUACAUCAGCUUCUCACCUAACAAGCACGGCCUACUUUCACUCCGGGAUCUCUUCAUCAACAGCCGCCCACCAGUCCGCCCCAAGACUCCUGCCUUCAACCAAACCGCCAACAACACACUGCUUUCACCAAACACCCUCUCAAGCAGCCCGAAGCUCCGUGGCAGGUCAAGGGGACGUGGUCGUCGUGGAGCCAGCUCAAGGGGUCACUCAGCAUCUCGUCGACCUGGACAUCUGUGGAGGGAGCCAAGCCCUGAUGUAUGGUCUAUCGAGGAAGAGACCGAGGAGGAGUUGAUGAGUGAGAUUGGAAGCAGCUGUGGUGCUCACAGCGACACCAGUGAUGAUGAGUAUGUUGGGGGUGAGAAGCGAAAGGAGAAGAAGACCAAGCCUACCAAGAAGGUUCGCUUUGUGCUUCCAGCUGUUGAGGUUUAA